AUGAUUCGAAUCUCGGAGAAGACGCUGCGCAAGAAGCUAGGCAGCAACUUCGACCCCAGCUUCAUGUCCAUCCACCUGCCCACGCAGCUGAACGCCAGCGCGCCGCCGGACCUGCCGCACCUGCCCAUGCCCGCCGACCUCAAGAAGCUGAACCUGACGGAGACGCCGUACGGCAGGCGCGUCAAGGUGGGCAAGAAGGCGCGGCGGAAGUUCCUGCAGUGGCUGUGGAUGUACACGCACUGCCCGGUGCUGUACACUUGGAAGGACCUAGGAGCGCGUUUCUGGCCGCGCUACAUCAAGGAGGGGAACUGCUUCAGCGAGCACUCGUGCUCCUUCCCCGAGGGCAUGUCCUGCAAGCCGGUCAAGUCGGUGACCAAGACCUUCCUGCGGUGGUACUGCCAGGGCUUCCUGCGGCAGAAGUACUGCACGUGGAUACCGGUGCAGUACCCUAUCAUCUCCGAGUGCAAGUGCUCCUGCUGAGCAGCGCGCGCGCGAGAGAGAGGGUUUAUCGAUUAUGAAUGAUUGCACUGUUUACUCACGGACAGGGACGUGUGGCGCCACAUAGCGAAUCUAUUUUUGUAUACAUAUACA